AUGCCUAGUAGCAAAGCAGUAGUGAACACUCCGGUGAACCCGGAGCAGAGAGACAAGGAUAUCAAUGAAAAGCUGCAGUAUUAUGGCAUUUACUCGGCUUUCGCUAAUGGCAAAGCUCCUUCGAACAAGCAAAUCGAUGUUGCUUUAAACAGCCUCCUGGCCUCAAAGUCGCUGGCCAGCCCAUCAUCUGAGCUUUCAGCUGAAACUCGACGGAUUAUUGAAGACCUACGUCAUGUGAUAAUCAGUGCGAGGAAUCUCGUUCUGGUCAAGAACGAUGGCAAUAUGAUCCAAGAGUUCAUCUGGGACGCCGAACAUUUCAAGAGUCCGGAUGUUCAAGCCCCAGAUACUUCCGGUGAAAAGGCUGCUGCCAAACAAAAUGCCCAACAAACUGCUGCUGGUCUGAAGACGCUUGGUACCCUACUGAUAACCAAUGGCCAAUUUAGGAAACUAUUGCAGGAUGCAACACUCCUGAUACGCGAUAUCGCUAGCGACUCAGCUCAGAAAGCUGCUGGGGCCUUGAGGCCAUCAGAGGAGCAUAUGGCCCAGAUCGAUAAGCCCGCUGAAGAUAACGUAUGGCACGACUCCCCUGAUAUGUCGAAGGAUGCCUUUAUGUCACGUUUUAAAAAUAAAACGAAAACGGACAAGGCUCAAGGAAACCUCAACGGGACCAACGGGACCCAUGCUACGAACGGAGUUAAUGGUGUUAAUGGCGUUGACGGUGUUGGAACUAGUCAUCAGGCUGGCACUUCUGAGGCUGCCACUGAUCCCGCAGAGCUUACAGACCAGGCUGCCUCCAAAGCCAAGCAACGUUCCAGGGAAGCAACAGAACGCACCAAGAAAUUCCUUGCCGAAAAGAUGCCCCCAGAGCGUCGGGAGCAAACAAUUUGGCGCAUCAAGAAAAUGAUUGUUGAGAUUCAAGGACAUGCUGAUUAUCAGCAAGCCAUCGAAACUCUUUUAUCAAUUGCGGAAGGGUACAGCCAACGCACUAGAAACCUGUCCAAGCAAGGAGCAGGAACUUUGAAAGGUGCAAGAGAUCAUUCGGAUAUGGAGAAAUUGGAAUCUAACCUUAGAACUGUUAUCGAGCGAUUUGCGAACUCUACCUCUACUGAUGACCUCUUUGAUGCUAUUAAGAAAUUCUACAGGAAUGCAGACAGAGACCCUCGACUUAGGGAUUGGUUCCGAAACGUGGAUACUUUUACUCGGAAAUGUCUCAAAGAGCAAGGCUACGUCUUACGGGACGAAUCGACUGCGGAAUGGAACAGGCUCUACGAUGAGGGACGGUUCUUGCUCACCAAGCGCUACAAGAAAGAUACUGAUGAAGUUGUCGAGGAAGGUAAAUUCCUGGCAAACCAGUUUGAUGAGGACCCAUUAAAUAGAGAAUUCGGACAAUCAUUGAAAAAAUUCUUCGAUCAUCUUGGCCAUGAUACCAGCGGAAAUGUUGUCUUCCAGAAAGCUCUAUUGAAGGACUUUGCGAAUACUGUCCUUCCAGGAAUAUUCACAAAUCUCCGAUAUAUCCCUCUUCCUCGAAUUGAGGUAUCUGAUCCGAUGGUCGACGUGGUCAUUGAAAAUUUGGCCAUUCAAUGUGAUAAUCUCAUGCCCAAUAUCAUGGAGUUCAGCAGUGACAACUACUGGAGAUGGGGCAGAAAGAAUAUUGGCAACCACAACGACAAUAAGGCUAUGAUCUCCGCCACUGGCAUUCAAACUGAUUGGAGAGAUGUAAGCUAUUACAUCAAGAAGAAAAAGGGCUUCCCACAUGUCUCAGACACUGGUGUUAUGGAUAUUUUCUUGGGAGGAGAUGGAUUCAGCUUCAAGAUCAUGGGCUCUUCGGCACAGAGCAAGGAUAAACAACAUUUUAUUAAGGCUGACAAAGUCCUCGUCAACAUUAAAAAUCUGGAUAUCAGGCUAAAGAAGUCCAAGCACAAGACGCUAUUUACUUUGUUCAAGCCUUUGCUUUUGUCACUGGUUCGACCAGCUAUUCAGAAGGUCCUGGAAUUGCAAAUUCGGCAAUACUUUACCAAAGCAGAUAAGUUUGCUUAUCAAGUCCACCAGGAAGCACAGCGCACCAUGGAGUUGUCACGCAACGACCCAGAUGACAAGAGAAACGCAUAUUCUCAUUAUAGCAAUGCUCUCAAGUCGCAAAUGGAUGCACGCAAGCAACAGGCGGAGGCUAAGAAGAAGCAAAAGGCUCCCCGGGAUACCAAGGUCAACAUCGCCGUCAGCCAAUACGAUUCUAUGUUUAAAAAUAUCGUUCUUCCAAGUGGCAUAUCCGCCAAAGCAACGGAGUACAAGGAUCUUGCUGCAAAGGGCGAGAGAUGGGAAUCUCCUGUGUUUGGAAUCGGUAGUGCUGCCCCAACAACCGGUCUUCCGCGACUAAACACUAUCAAACGAAAGUAUAGAAAUCGCGCCGGCAUGGGUGGCGUUCAGCAGCAACAGCAGCAGAACCAGCCUCUAUCCCAGCAUCAAAACAGGCCGGCAGUGGCACCAGCGGCUAUGCCGGAGCCCACGCAUGUUAUGCCCUCAAAGAUGACAGGGCUCGCCGAUGGACUGAUGACCAUUCCAGGAACUAGCGCACCGGUUUAA